AUGUUCUUCAAGGAAUAUCUCCGCGCCGCCGUCGCUUUGGCCGCCUCUAGUCACCUGUUUGCCAACGCCGCCGUCGUGAGACAGGCAGUCCCUCGUGUACGAGGCUGCGGAAACGAGAUCGACGAAGCCACUCAAGCCCGUUUGGAGGAAAACUUCCAGGCUAACCGAGUAGCUGCCUCUGGUGCAUCCCUGGCACCCCCCGAGCCCUUCAAUGUCUUCUUCCAUGUCAUCUCCAGAGACGAAACCGAAGAAGGCGGAAAUGUCAGCGAAGAGACGAUCGAAGAGCAGAUGCGUGUCUUGAACACCGCUUUCGAGCCUACCGGCGUUCAGUUCGCUUUGCAGAAGAUCACUCGAACGGUCAAUGCAACUUUGUUUGCGAGUGUUGGACCUCUGACCAACUUUCAAACUGAGAUGAAAGUCGCGUUGAGGGAGGGAGGUGCAGCUGAUCUCAAUGUGUACACUGUCGGCUUCGAAGAAGGCCCGGGGGCAGGACUUCUGGGCUAUGCAACGUUCCCUAGCGACUUCCAAAACGCACCCGAGGACGACGGCGUGGUCGUGCUCUUUUCCUCCCUACCUGGCGGAAGCACUGAAAACUUCAAUCUCGGUCAGACCCUUACCCACGAGGUCGGCCAUUGGGUUGGACUUUACCACACCUUCCAAGGGGGCUGCUUGGGAGUCGGUGACGAGGUCGCUGAUACACCCGCCGAGGCAUCGCCUGCUAGUGGGUGCCCAACUGCUCGUGACACUUGCGCCGGUGGAGGGCUUGACCCCGUCCAGAACUAUAUGGACUAUUCAUUCGAUAGUUGCAUGGACACCUUCACCCCCGGACAGAUCGCACGUUUGUUGGACCAGAUCGCAACAUUCAGGACCUCACAGCCCGGUAUAUGA